AUGACUCCAUCUCCGAGUGUUACCGCCAAGAGGCAUACACUCCCUGCAGGACAUGCUAUGAACACUGCGAGGCACCAGACCGAGGCUACCUCGAGCGAAUCUCAUGAGGACUUAGACUCCUCAUCUCACCCUCCCAGCAACCAAACACCACAAGCCUCAGGUUCUGUGGUGCCGCCGAGUGGUCAUACUCCAGCCAGAAGAUUCCAUCCGGAUCACCCUGGCUUUCUACAUGUAGGCCAGCGUCGUUCUGACUGGACAGACGUCUGGCUGUCAACUCCGCCUAGGGGCCCUUCGUUCCAGCAAGUAUUUCGCGACCAUAAACUCGCGCAUGUCUCGGAAGAGGGACUGGAAUUUGACUGGCUCGAUGGAUUCAAUGCCAACAAUUAUCCAGGAACCACUACCGCUGAGCAAAAAGAGGCACGGCGUCUACACCUGAAUGAUAUCCCAUGUGCCAAUCGCGUCAAGACUACACCAAAUCAAUCACGUGCAUCGGCAGAUCCAAAUCCGCUGAGGGAAAGCGCGAAGUCUUCGUAUGAUGGGCACGGGUCGAUGGAUAGAGCGCCAACGAGCUCGCAAGUUCCUAUUCAGACUUUAUUGGUUGUUUCUGCAAACAACUGA